AUGGACUCAAAUAUCUUGAGUAUCAGAAGUGUAUCAACCGCAAAAGGCGUGGAAUCGAUGCGUGAAGGAGUGAUCAAAUCGAUCGUGAAGUUCAUUGACGGGCGUGUCAAGAAUUUUCAGUAUCGACGUAAAACCGUAUUCCCAUUCCAGUUCAUUCAAGUCUGUCGCUCGUUAUGGGAACGUACCCAUCUAUACCGUCAGUUGUGCUAUCGCCAGGUGAGCGAAGUUUUCAACUCGGAGAACUCGUAG